AGUUGAUGGCUGAAUCUUUUCUCCCCGAUUUCAAAGUUCCAAGAACGACAAAAACAGAUCACGAAUCGACGAUAGACGGGUCACGUUGUUGCAAAUAAGCAUGGAUAGACAGACAGGCUCACACACUCGACACACUGCUUCACGUCUCAUUCACUCUUGGUCUCUAGAAACUCGUUCACAUGCCCCGUCCACAGCGCGACUUCACGCGAGCCGUAAGACUGAACAAGUGAACGUGGUUUAUGUUUAUGACAGUCGGCGGGUUUUCCUCGUAUCAUGACCACUCCUUCAGUUGAUGGCUGAAUCUUUUCUCCCCGAUUUCAAAGUUCCAAGAACGACAAAAACAGAUAACGAAUCGACGAUAGACGGGUCACGUUGUUGCAGAUAAGCAUGGAUAGACAGACAGGCUCACACACUCGACACUGCUGCACUUCUUGUCGUAGUCGUUAGAGUUGAAGAGUCCUGGUCGGAGCUCCCUUGAUGAACAUGUUGGCAUCUUGUUACCAGAGCUUUUUUAUUUGUCUUCUUCGCUUUCUUCACACUCCUUUGGCGUUGCGGUUUAACCUCACAAUAGUCAAUCCUGAAAAGGAAAGCCCAGCAGAAAAGUUACCUUUGCGGGAUUCAGGAGAUCAUUGAAACGACUGAAACGCUUUAAGUAUUGGUUUUCUUUGUUUAGGGUUCUGGGUUUUGUGAGUUGUUUGUUGGGGUUGCUGAAGAGUGGUGGGAAUGGCGGAUAAGGAUGUUCAGUUUUUCAUGGAGAAUGGAGAGGAUGAAGAGAUAGAGGAAAACAGGGGUGAUAGUGAUGAUAGUGAUGGUAGUGGCAGUGAUGUGGAGGCUGGGGAAGAGAGUGAGAAGGGUAAUGAGAGUUCGACUUCGUCUCCUUUCUUUUCUCAGCAGUGGCCGCAGAGUUACAGGGAAUCUACUGAUUCUUACACAAUUACUGUAUCACCAAACUUUGCAAUCCUUCGUCGUGGACCUAUUAUUAGAUAUUCAAGUUUUGACCUCCAUACUAGAAGUAAUUUGGACCUCGAUGCAAAAUCUCCUCUACUACCUGGUGUUGAAAGAUUGUAUCAGAGAGAAGACACAGACACAAACUUAAGAACCGAAUCAUUGUGGUCAGAAGGGAAGGUUUCCUUGCAUCAGCAGCUUACUGGGGAAGUACCCAUUGGUCAUGGAUGUAGCCUUACCCAGACUGUCUUCAAUGGAGUGAAUGUGUUGGCUGGUGUAGGGCUUCUUUCUACACCGUUCACAGUGAAAGAAGCUGGUUGGGCAAGCUUGGCUCUGCUGGUCCUUUUUGCUUGUAUUUGUUGUUAUACAGGUUUCCUCUUGAGAUACUGUUUUGAGAGCAGGGGAGGUAUCUUGAGCUAUCCGGAUAUUGGAGAAGCUGCCUUUGGAAAAUUUGGACGCCUCUUCAUAUCUAUUGUUUUGUACACAGAGUUAUAUUCAUAUUGUGUUGAAUUUAUUAUCUUGGAAGGGGAUAAUCUUACAAGGCUAUUCCCUGGUGCUUCUUUGGAUUGGGCUGGGUUUCAUAUUGAUUCCAUACAUCUCUUUGGACUUCUAACUGCUCUCAUUGUUCUGCCAACUGUUUGGUUAAGGGAUCUCCGUGUCAUUUCUUACCUUUCAGCUGGAGGGGUGAUUGCAACACUUUUGAUACUUCUCUCAGUUGUUUUUAUUGGUACAGUGGAUGGGGUUGGGUUCCAUUCAACUGGUUCAUUGGUGAAGUGGAGUGGUCUCCCAUUUGCUAUUGGGGUAUAUGGGUUUUGCUAUUCUGGACAUUCGGUGUUUCCAAAUAUUUACCAAUCGAUGUCUAACAAAAGAGAAUUUAACAAGGCAUUGAUAGCCUGCUUUCUCAUUUGUACUGCAAUAUAUUGGGGUGUUGCAGCCAUGGGAUAUCUCAUGUUUGGUGAAGCCACAUUGUCUCAGAUAACUCUGAAUAUGCCAAAGAAUGCAUUGGUUUCCAAAGUAGCAGUAUGGACAACUGUUAUCAAUCCUUUCACAAAAUAUGCCUUGUUGAUGAAUCCAUUGGCCAGGGGGUUGGAAGAGCUACUUCCUGUUGGAGUCUCUAAUAAUCCCUGGUGCUUUAUUAUGCUAAGAACAGCACUUGUCUUUUCAACUGUUUGUGUUGCUUUUCUUCUUCCAUUUUUUGGUCUUGUGAUGGCUUUAAUUGGUUCUCUCCUCAGUAUACUUGUGGCAGUUAUAAUGCCAGCUCUAUUUUUCAUAAAGAUUGUCAAGAAAGCAACACCAGUGCAGGUUACUCUGAGCAUUGGUAUAGCUGCAUUGGGAAUUAUCGGUGCAAUCCUAGGGACAUACUCUUCGGUGUCACAGAUUAUAAGGAAUUACUGAGAUUGUUGUACUGAUCCCAUGGUACAAUACUUCUGAAGUAUGGAUGUUCAUUGCCUAAUGAAGUUGUAUUUUUUGCAAGCUUUCUAUUAGUUCCAAAUAUAACAUCUAUACGAAAUAUGCCAAUGCUUGGAUUUUGGUGGCAUUUUACC